UUUACGGUUGGAAAUUCCUUCUUCUGCCUGAGGGGACCCAUUCCCAGGCCUUCUCAACGUCUCACAUGUGAACCGAUGCAUGAUCUAAUUUAUUGCUGCAGCAGUCCCGGGUCGACCAAAGUUCAAAGGACUCGUUCAACUCCGCUACCUACCUGGUGAUACCGUGCAAGGGAAGGAGCCCUGAAAUAACAUCACCAUCGACCGAGCCCAAACCCAACGAAGGGAUCGUAAACGUACAUUUAUCACCAGUCUCAUUCUUAAAGGUGGAUGAAGGAUGCCAGGAGGUCAAUAAAGCAUGAAGUUGCUUCUUCAGGUGAUCGUCGUCGUCGUCGUCCUCAUCAACGUAGGCCAUGUCACCGAAGGAGUGCAACUGCUUGCACUAUCGGGGCAAACAACGAGAUGAUCGAUCGGAGCAGGCGGUGGUAGUGUGAUUAGUAGUUCCCACAUGCUUGGGUCCCAUUUCGAACGUCGCUCAAAAUUGUCACCUUUCGGCUGAAAAGAAAAGAAGAAGAAAAAAACAGAAAACAGAAACAAUUUCGGAACAUAAGAAAAAUGGUGUUUAUUUUUUAUUGAGUGAAUCAAAAUUCAACCAAAAUAAUGGUAGUGAAAUCGCUUCAGUAGAAUCAAAACAACUUUCGGGAUUUUUGGUAGUGCAAACGAGAAGCGAAGCAAAAAAGCUGAAAUUAUGUAAAUUUACGUUUAGUGGCUCUAGGAAAAAAGAAAAAAGGAAGAAGCGAAAAAAUUAAAAGGUAGAACAAAAUUACAAUUAACUCGAUUUGUGCUUUGUGUUUGUUCUUUACUGUACGUAGAGAGUGAGAUGUUUCGGAAUUAUAGCCGUAAUUAACGAUCUUCUCUGCGUUAUACGUCUAAUCACUGGGAAAUUUCGAAAAUUGAUGUGAAAUUUUUCGUGUUUGUGUGUGUGUUCGUGCAUUAGCAGCCAGCCAAGGAAGGAAAGAAGGGGAGAGAAGAAAUCAAAAUACACGUAAAGGAUUUUAAAACACUUCGCGUUUAAGGAAGUGCUUGAGACAGACACACAAAUUCAUCGACAUCUGUUAUUGAGACCCACCAACUGUCGCAUGCAGCUGAGCUAGACUUAACGACCAGAUGAAAGAAAAAUUCGAAAUCAUGACCGAUCAGGAGCACUAUAGCCUUCGGUGGAACAACCACCAGAACCACAUUCUACGGGCAUUCGAUACCCUGCUGCAGACCAAAACCCUCGUCGAUGUCACGCUGGUCUGUGCCGAGACGAGCAUCCGAGCGCAUAAGGUUGUCCUGUCGGCCUGUUCGCCCUUCUUCCAGCGAGUGUUCUCCGAAACUCCCUGCAAACAUCCUGUGAUAGUGCUGAAAGACUUCCGCGGAUGGGUUGUGCAAGCGAUCGUAGACUUUAUGUACCGUGGCGAGAUCAGCGUUCCUCAAGAACGACUCUCAGUACUGAUACAGGCCGGAGAAUCGCUACAGGUUCGGGGGUUGGUUGACCAUCCAGUAGCAGGUAACACCCCAACCCCUGCGCAAUCUCCCGAAGACUUCAGUCUGCUGGACUCUUCGCUAAUAUCGCCAACAUCACCGUCACUUCCGUCGCCAAACUUCACCCACCACCACCACCAUGCCCGCCACCCGCAUCAGAACUCCACGGCAACAAGCAUGCUCAGUGCCAGUACUCCAAAGUUAUUGCUGCCACCACAGGUGUUCGCCGAUCCUUCUCUAAACCUGCCCAACCCAGAUCUCUGCACUUCACCCAUGCCACGACGAAAGCAGGCCCGUCCAAGGCGACGAUCAGGUGAUUGUGCCCCUCAGGACCUAAGCAGUAAACCCACCAGUCCCGUUCCCCCCAGCAUGGAUGAAAAGGAAGAUGAAGACAACGAAAUCGAUCGUGACGACGACGAAGAACUAGAAGAUGAAGAUGACGAUAUCAAGGAAAUCAUUCGAAGAAGCGAAAGCGAGGACAAAAAGGAUUCGAGUCCGCAGAAAACACCAAGUAAAAGCGAUGACAACGAAAAGGACAGCAAAAAUAAUUCAACCGCGUCGACAGCUUCCCUCUCCGUAAUGGAUGGACCCGAGAACCUCUGCAUGAAGAAAUCCUCCGUUUCAAAUAACAGUUCAAACAACUCCAGCAAUUCGAACAAAGAUAGCAACUCUCGGUUAUCAGACCCAUCCAGCAUCAAGGACAGCUCUCCGGAAACGACGAUCGGUCGACUUUCGCUGAAGGACAUCCGUCAUCUGAAUAGAUCCUCCCUGGCCCGAUCCAUGAGUUCGCUAUCGCCUCCGCCUUCGUUUCACCUGAACAACAACCCUCCCUCCAGCCUGUCCCACCCGGAUAAACGGGUCAAACUGGAAGAUCGCGACGAUGACCGACUUGGCGACGACGAUGGGCCUCAUUUUUUAGACCACAUGGACCUGGCCUUAGCCUCGCAUCAGCACCCGCUAGCGCAUCUUUCGCAUCACAACUCCUCGCCGCAGCUACGGCCCCCGGGACUAACGCCGGAUGGUGAAAACAACAACAGCAGUAGCAGUAAGAACAACAACGGGAAUGCUGGACCGGGAAAUGGACCCAGCAGCAGGGACGGGAACAACGGAUCCGGUCCGAUGGGAGUGGGGAUGGGAGGUGGAGCGGGCGGCAAGGAUGGACGACUGGGUCCGAAGGAUUUUCUGCACAGUCCAACGUUAAAUUUUCCGCCGUUCUUUAACCAGUCGGAUGGACCGCCACGGCCGCCGCACUCGCCCCUGUCGUUCCCGCACAUGCCGUCGGUUUCGUCGCUGACGCUAACGCCACCGCAUACUGACCGAGCACCUUGGACCGAGCACUCUUUCCCAACACCCAACAGCACACUUUGGAGAGAAGUGUUCGGUCUGGACUCCCCACUCGGUCUGUUCCCUCCGGGCAUGGAGCCGGGCAAAAUGUACAGCCCACUGAUGGAAAUGUCCGACCCCCGUGUGAUGCACGACCAACCAUACCUGAAAAAGAAACUAAACCGACCCAAGGGGCAGCACUCAGCGCCCCGUGGUGGCCCACCCCGGUCAUGGACCAACGCCGAGCUGACGGAGGCCCUGCAGCACGUGUGGAACAAGAAGAUGACCACCAGCCAAGCGUCGCGGAUAUUCGGCAUCCCGUACAACUCGCUCCUCAUGUACGUCCGGGGCAAGUACGGCAAAAGCCUCAAGCUGGAACAGCUCCGCAAGGACUGCAUCAGUGGGCCGCCGAUCGAACUGCUCCAGAUGGGCAUGAACAACAACAACAAGGACAAGAAGGACGGCCAGGACAAGGACAUGCCUCAUCACCAUCCGGGUGGCAAUCCCAAUGGGAGUGGUAACGGUGGUGGUUCGGAUCAACGAGGAGGUCCCCGGUCGGCUUCCUCGGAACCAGAGCUCCUCUCGAGUCCAAACACGCUUUUUAAUCCCUUUCCUCCUGGAUUCUAUCCGGACUUUCCCGGUGGUUUCCCAGGGCUUCCGCUGAGUAUGCUUAAUCUCCUCCCUCCGGACCGACAUCAUCCGGGUGCGCACCAGUUGGCGAUGAGCAUCGACGAGGACUGCAAAAGCGACCGAUCGAAGCAAUCGAUGGACGAUGACUUCCCGCAACCGUUGGCGCUGAAUCGGUCCGGGCUGAGUGGAGGCGGCGGGGGAGGAAGCGUAGUGACGGAUCGAGGCGAUGGACCCCAGUCGGACAGUCGACGGGAAAUCUACCAGCAAAAUGGACAGGAUUAAUAUUUGUACUUUCUUGACCGACUCAAGGCAAUGCCGCGGUAUCCCAAGUGGGUGGGUUGAGAAAG